AGUGUGAGAAGAGGAAGGGGAAGCCGGAAGGGGUGUAAGUGGAGCUUGGGGACGAAAGACAGCUUGGAGGAGGCCGGGGGCUGCGCGCGCACCCGCCUCUCUCUCAGCCGGCUGGGCCUCUGCAGUCGCGGCCAGGUGACAGCUGGGCCGGGCCUCCGCGUGUCGCCGCCCCUCCCCCCCCACCCCCACCCCCGGCCGGGCCGGUGCCGCUGCGGGGUUCGAUGCCAGUCGGGCAGGUCCGGAGCAGUUUUUGACUCCCUGGCCCCGAAUUGCGACAGUCCCUCCGUGCCCCAUCGCUGCUCCAGCCCCAGGAUGCAGAAUGUGAUCAACACGGUGAAGGGAAAGGCUCUGGAAGUGGCCGAGUACCUGACCCCGGUCCUCAAGGAAUCAAAAUUUAAGGAAACAGGUGUAAUCACCCCAGAAGAGUUUGUGGCAGCUGGAGAUCACUUAGUCCACCACUGUCCAACAUGGCAAUGGGCUACAGGGGAAGAAUUGAAAGUGAAGGCAUAUCUACCAACAGAGAAACAGUUUUUGGUAACCAAAAAUGUUCCAUGCUAUAAACGGUGUAAACAGAUGGAAUAUUCAGAUGAAUUGGAGGCUAUCAUUGAAGAAGAUGAUGGUGAUGGGGGAUGGGUAGAUACAUACCACAACACAGGUCUUACAGGAAUUACUGAAGCAGUUAAGGAGAUUACACUGGAAAGCAAGGACAGUAUAAAACUCCAGGACUGCUCAGCACUGUGUGAGGAAGAGGAAGAGGAAGAGGAAGGGGAAGCUGCAGACAUGGAAGAAUAUGAAGAGAGUGGAUUGUUGGAAACAGAUGAGGCUACCCUAGACACAAGGAAAAUAGUGGAAGCUUGUAAGGCUAAAGCUGAUGCCGGAGGUGAAGACGCCAUUUUGCAAACGAGAACUUAUGACCUGUACAUUACUUAUGACAAAUACUACCAGACACCACGGCUAUGGUUGUUUGGUUAUGAUGAGCAACGGCAGCCUUUAACAGUUGAUCACAUGUAUGAAGACAUCAGUCAAGAUCAUGUGAAGAAGACAGUGACCAUUGAAAACCAUCCUCAUCUCCCACCACCUCCUAUGUGCUCAGUUCACCCAUGCAGGCAUGCUGAAGUGAUGAAGAAAAUCAUUGAGACAGUUGCGGAAGGCGGGGGAGAGCUUGGUGUUCAUAUGUAUCUUUUAAUUUUUUUGAAAUUUGUUCAAGCUGUCAUUCCAACAAUAGAAUAUGACUACACAAGACACUUCACAAUGUAGUGGAGAGGAUACAGAGUCUAUCCUAAUUACUGCUUCUGAUUUUUAAAGAAUUAAUACAUAGACAGACAUGACCAUUGACCAUAUUUACCAAUAAGAAUAAUUUCUCUAAUAAUGGGACUUAUAUGUUUAUGCAUUAAAUAAAAACCGUUCUACUACCA